AACUUUAUUAAAAACCUGUUUGUCGUUAGUUUAACUUUUUUUCCCUUAAAUAAUAAAAUAAAACAGUGAAGUACAUGAUUUCUGUGGCUGAAAUAAACAAAGUGGCAGGUGUGCAGACAAGGUGACGUCAAUAAAUUAAAUACUUAAAUCAGAAUAAACAAGUAGGAACACGACUAAACUGACAGAUGAACGCUGGGCCACGAUUGGCUCCACACAAGUUGUGAUGUCAUAAACGCUGCAGGUACGUCCAGGUGUUAAACUGAGAUUCAGAAACGUCCCCUGAAUGUGAAGCUGAACUCUGCACCGUGAAGAUGAAGAGGAGGAAGAGGAAGACCAUGUCUACGAUCAUCUGACAGCUGCGACUUUAUAAAAUGUUGCUUCAGGUAAAAUUGGCUCCAUCUUACAGGAUGGUGUCAACAUGUGCAUCAGUAAUAAUCCAGUAACAUGAAACAUGAAGUAACUGAACACUUAAACCUUUUGUUAGAUUUUGUUGCCAAUAUUUCUGAACUGCAGUUAAAGAUUAAACGUUUCACGUCUUCCUUCACUCACUGAGGCUGAACUGUCACAACAAACUGCAGUUAUUCCUCUUUUCACAGGAGAGGUUGAAGACCGACGAGUCCUUCAGCAGCUCGUCCGGUGGUGGCUCCAUGACGCCGGUGUGAAGUUCAUCCAACCGUCGUGUAACAAAAGAGCAGUGAUCUACUCACAAACAGAUGGUGCCAAGAACCCUGAGGCAGGAGAGACGGGGCUCAGGACCAGCGAGAGGAACUGGACUAAACAGAAGAACAUGUAAUAAGUUGUUGAUGUCGGUUGGUUGCACUGCGACGGGUGGAAAAAAACUAAACAAGUGGAGGUGUUAACAUGUUCAUCCUCAGCCCCAGCGAGUGUGAGGAGUUUCCAUACAAACAGCUGACAUGACGAACUACAUGCCGCUCUGCAGUCAGUCACAGGAAGAGCUCAGCUGUGGGGUAUUGUAUUGGUAGGGUUUGAGCAGACGGUGGCGGUAAUGCGUCAAUAAGAUGCAGCCAACCGCUGUAAAACAAGAAGAAGAAGAAGAAAAAGCCCAGCAUGCAUCACGUUCAGAGAUUGAAUUUGCCUUUUUUUCCCGCCUCUGUAGCUGAGCUGCUCUGACUGGUGACGACCGAGCAAAGAAGAAAACAAAAACAGUCCGGCUGUGAACAAAAGGACAAAAGAUGAUUUCAGAGACAGAGUGGAAAGAAGCCCUGACCUCCAGCCUGGAGGAGCUGGAGUCACCACAGUACAGAAAGAUGCUGGAAAUGUUGGAUAAAAUCCCCACAAGUGUGAAGACUGAAAGGUCCAGAGAAGAGAUGGCCAGAAUAAUCAUUGAGCACUACGGAUUAGAGGGUUCCAUCUCUGUAAUCGAUAAUGUAAUGGAUCAGAUCCCGAGGAGGGACGAGAGAGUCCAGGGCCGGCUGCGACUCUUUGUGGAGAAACUGAGGCAGAAACAGAAGGAAGAGACGAAGGGGAAGAAGAGGAAACGCAAAAGUGACUUGAAGUCAAAGGACAACAAGAAAGAAGCUGCAGCUGGGUUUAUGAAGAACGGUAUCAUAAGUGACUCCGACUCCUCGGAUGAGGAGCAAGAGGCUGAUCAACAGAAGAGCUGCAAAUCUGACAAGGAGAACAUUCCCUCUUGGAGGGAAACCAUCAAUGAUCUAAGGAACAGUGAUGGCCUCUUUCAAAAACCCGUAGCUGGGAAAAUUGUGCAGAAAUCUUGUCUGCGCAGCUAUGAAACUAAAGAGAAGGUGAAAAGGUUCUUCUUUUAUGUGGCGGUUGCUGAUGAGACAAGCUGCAUUAAAGUGAUGGUUUAUGGAGAAGAACGCUUUGAAAAAAUCAAGGAAAAGAAUUUCUACAUAUUCAAAAACGUCAAAAUGGAAAUGUUUGAUCGCUCUAAUGAGAAAGUCCUGAAAGUGUUUAAAUACAGCACAGUGUCGAGGACGACCCGUGUUGAUGUUCCAGAGAAGCUGGAGGUGGAAGCUCAGACGCUCAUUUAUCGCCACAGUCCUAUUUUCUCCAUCGCAAAGGCCAAAUUAUUUGAUGACAAAACAUUAGUGAGCGUUGAAGGAACUGUAACAAAGAUCGAUCGUGUUGAACACGUCAAACUGAAAACCAAACGGGGGAAGAAAGAGAAGCGGGAUUUCAUCCUUAAAGACGACACAGGUUCCAUCAGGAUCACCCUGUGGGGCAACGACACCCAGCAGCUCAGAGAUAAAUCACAUGGAGACUUUGUCCGAGUGACCAACAUGAAGACCAGUGUCUACUUUGACUUGGUGUCGCUGAACUCAACUGAUCACACCAGCAUUUUGAAGAUCCCAAAUGAUGAAGUCCUGAAUGUGACGUUGAAGAUUAUAGGAAUCACAGUCACCAAGAUGGAGACUCACCUGGAGGCAGAGACUAACGACCAGGUGGAGACAUUCUUUGUGGAGUCUAAACUCCUGGCAAAGGCGGUUGGUGUCAGACUGGACGGAGACUUUGAGGAAAGGCUCCUUCAGAAAAUGCCCUUCUCAGCAGAUGUAGUAUUACAAGGAAGCAAGAUUAAUAAAAUCACAGCUUCUGAAAAGAUGUAAAAAUAACUUUCAUCAUUCAGAUGUGGACGGUUUCCUGUUUCUUAGUAACUGAAGAUGUGCAAACUAAAGCUAAAGCUAAUUUUAAUUAAUGAGAUUAUUUUUCACUUGUGUCUGUUGGUUUGUUUAUUUGUCAGCAGGUCGACAGUAAACUUGGUGGAGGGAUGGGGGAGGGGCCUGGGGAAAGAGCAUUAAAUUUUGGUGGUAAUCUGGUGAAAUAUUUUUAUCACUUUUCUUAACAGUUUUGUCAUUUUCUCAGGAAACAAUGUUUUGAUCCGACGUAUCCAGAUAAUAAUCAUGUAAUAAUCUGGAGAACCAAUCAGAUCAACAGGUGUCGGAAACUUUCCUUUGAGAUACUUUUAUUUUCAAGAUUUUAAUUAUGUUUAACCUGUUUGUAUUUUUAUCAGAUUCAUUGUGUGUUAAACUGCGGUUUAACUUUCUUGUUUGUUUUAUUUCCACAUAUACUGUUUGUCAUUAUGAUUAUAUUUGUCUGUUUUUGAAAAGCACUUUGAUGCAAAACUUGUUUUUAGCUUUCCUUGACGAUUUUGAUGGUUUAUUCUUUUAAUACAGCUAUGAAAGAUUUCUUUUAAGAUUCACCAUAAAGUCACAAUCAUAAUAUUGUGUAACUGAUUAUAUUGGGUUUUUUUAGUAUUUCAGGUCUGAAACAUUUUCUGUUUUUAUAUAUUUGUUUUGUAUUUUUAUGUUUAAUCAGGUUUUUGUUGAAGUAUAGGAGUAAAAAUUCAUUCAAAAUACCAGUGUUGAUUUGUGUGCACUGUCCCUACGGGGGGGGGCAUUACAUGUACUUUUACUUCAGAUGCAUUGAAUUGCUUACAUGUCUAUACUUGAAUAAAACUUUAA